UGAGGCCCAUUGGGUAGCUAGCAGGGCACAGGACUGAGCUGAAAAGCCAUACUUCCCUGUUAACGUCCUGUGCUCGUGCCGAGGGGGCAAUGGUGGCUUCCUGUAUCCUCCUGCACACUGGACAGAAGAUGCCCCUGAUUGGACUGGGCACCUGGAAGAGCAAGCCUGGCCAGGUAAAAGCAGUUAUUAAGUAUGCCUUGAGUAUAGGCUACCGCCACGUUGACUGUGCUAUCUACGGCAACGAGACUGAGAUUGGGGAUGCCCUGAAGGAGGAUGUGGGACCUGGCAAGCUGGUGCUUCAGGAGGAGCUGUUUGCGACUUCCAAGCUGUGGAACACGAAACACCACCCUGAGGAUGUGGAGCCUGGCCUCCGGAAGACACUCGCUGACCUCCAGCUUCAGUAUUUGGACCUGUACCUGAUGCACUGGCCUUAUGCCUUUGAGCAGGGAGACAACCCUUUUCCUAAGAAUGCAGAUGGGACUAUAUGCUAUGACUCCAUUCACUACAAGGAGACUUGGAAGGCUCUGGAGGCACUGGUGACUAAGGGGCUGGUGUGGGCACUGGGCCUGUCCAACUUCAGCAGUCAGCAGAUCGAUGAUGUGCUCAGUGUGGCCUCUGUGCGCCCAGCUGUCCUGCAGGUGGAAUGCCACCCAUACCUGCCUCAGAAGGAGCUGAUUGCCUGCUGCCAAGCACGCGGCCUGGAGGUGACUGCUUAUAGCCCUCUGGGCUCCUCUGAGCAUGCUUGGCGUGAUCCUGAUGAGCCUGUCCUGCUUGAGGAGCCAGUGGUCCUGGUACUGGCUGAAAAGCAUGGCCAGUCUCCAGCUCAGAUCUUGCUCAGGCGGCAGGUCCAGCAGAAAGUGAGCUGCAUCCCCAAGAGUGUCACACCUUCCCAUAUCCUUCAGAACAUCCAGGUGUUUGACUUCACCUUUAGCCUGGAGGAGAUGAAGCAGCUGGAUGCCCUGAAUAAAAAUUUGCUAUUCAUCAUGCCCGUGCUUACGGUGGAUGGGAAGAGGGUCCCGAGAGAUGCAGCUCACCCCUUCAAUGACCCAUAUGGAGACCACAGCUUCCUGGCUUCCUUUUCAUCUCUCCAGCUAUAA